UUCAUCUUAUUUGGCUGAGGCGAUUCAGAUCUUAGGGUUUCAAUUUUUUUUUCUGUGGAGCCCCAUUGGCCAUAGCCGCCAGCCAGAGAAGAGUAGAAGCCUUCGAUCCUAGGUUUUCUUUCCCCCCCUUUCUCCCAAAUCGGACCUUUUUCGCUUCUCGAUUCGCUUCCGUAGCCGGGCGAUUUGAGGACCCAGAAAAGAACGAACCGAACGUUUUAUAUUUUUUCGGAUAAUCAAUCGAAGAUGUCUCGUUGCUUCCCUUUCCCCCCUCCUGGGUAUAGGGCACGUGGCGACGCCUUGAUCGAAUCGAUUAAGCUCCGAGAGGAGAUGGAGAAAGCAGAGAAGGACCGGAAGGAGAAGAGGGAGAAGAAGAGGGAGAAGAAAGAGAAGAAAAUGGAAAAGAAAGAGAAGAAAAAGGAGAAGAAGGAAAAGAAAGAGAGAAGGAAAGAGGAGAAAGAAAUUAAACUUAAAGAAGGAACAGCAACAACCUCUCAUGGCACUGAUGAUGGCAAAAAGUUCAAGCUCAUCAGCAAAUUGAAGGAAACCAAAGCAGAUGGGAAGUUGCAAAAGGGUGAAGACUGUGAGAAUGAACAACUUGAGAGGAGUGGGAUUACAGAGGAAUUUGACCAACCUGUUACUUCUGUGGAGCCUUGCUGUUUGUCUGACAGUACUCAAAGCAGCAAGAGAAAAAGGAGCUCCCCACAAUUAACUCAUGAUCAUGGACCUGCUAUUAAAAUUCGACUUCCUUUGAGGAAGCAUAGAGAACCUGAAGAAACGAAAUCCAAAUCUAAAUUACAAUUGGGGUCUUCUUCUGGAAGUGUGGGGGCAAUUGCAGAUUCCUUCACUAAAACUACCCUUGCAAGUGAUCCUCAGUCACAAUGUCUCAGGAUUACAGAGCCAAAACGGGUUCUUGGAAACUCUGAUUCUAGACAUGGCAAAGCUAUGCUGAAUUCAGUUCAUGGAGAUGCUGUGGUCACUAAGAAUAAUCUUGUAAGUGAUCGUCAGUCACAACAACGUCUGAUGAUUACAGAGCCCAAACGGGUUAUUGGAAACUCUGAUUCUAGACAUGUCAAAGCGAUGCUGAAUUCAGUUCAUGGAGAUGCUGUGGUCACUAAGAAUACUCUUGUAAGUGAUCGUCAGUCACAACAACGUCUAAUGAUUACAGAGCCCAAACGGGUUCUUGGAAACUCUGAUUUAAGACAUGGCAAAGCGAUGCUGAAUUCAGCUCAUGGAGAUGCUGUGGUCACUAAGAAUACUCUUGUAAGUGAUCGUCAGUCACAACAACGUCUAAUGAUUACAGAGCCCAAACAGGUUCGUGGAAGGGCUGAUUCUAGACAUGGUCAAGCGAAGCAGAAUUUAGUUCAUGGAGAUGCUAUGGUCACUAAAAAUCCCAUUGGAAGUGAUCAAUGUCUCAGGAUUACAGAGCUGAAACGGGUUCUUGGAAAUUCUGAUUCUAGAAACUGCAAAUUGAAGCAGAAUUCAGUUCAUGGAGAUGCUGUGGUCACCAAAAAUACACUUGGAAGUGAUCGUCAGUUGAAAAGUGUCAAGAUUACAGAGCCCAAAUGUGUUACUGGAAACUCUGAUUCUAAACAUUGCAAAGCGUUGCAUAAUUGGGUUCAUGGAGAUGCUAUGGUCACAGAUAAUGCAGUUGCUGAUGUCAUAGAUACUGCAGUUGAUGAUGGAAUUCAAAAAGUGGGAUCUUUGUACAAGUCUUUGUUACAGAUUCCUCCACUAACGUAUGAUGCAUUGGACUCAGUAGAUGAAGAUUGGUUAUUUAGUUCGGAACCGACAGAGGCAAGGCCCGUCUCAAAGAAACAGAAGUUUGAUUCUGAUGUCUUUCAGCUUUCAAAUUCUAUGUGGCCUCGUGCACAAUACUUGCCUGAGGUCGAAAUAUACGCGUUGCCAUACGCAGUUCCAUUUUGAUUCUUUUGGAUUUUUUUUGUCAAUAGGUGGUAGCUUUGAAAGUAGCCGCGAGCUGUGUUCUAACUGAGAACCGGUGCUUAUUGCUUUUUUGAGAGAAAAACAAUUACAUGGCAUAUGGGCAAAAAGAUUUCGUUAUAUCUUCCAAACAUGAUUCAUGUAAUUUUUUUGUCUUCCAUAUCGGACGUUAAUAGCAUUUGUAGAAUGUACAUACAUAUAAAUACUAAAUAGUUUUUUAGGAA